AUGGAGGAGAAGGUUGCGAGGAAGAGAAAGGUGCCCCAGGACAACCAGGCACGUGGGCAGAGCUUCAGCCAGAGCUCGGAGCUGGUGAUCCGUGAGCAGCUUCAUGAUGGGGAGAAGCCCUACAAGUGCCUGGAGUGUGGGAAGAGCUUCAGGCAGAGCUCCGACCUGAUCUGCCACCAGGGGAUCCACACCGAGGAAUGGCCCUACGAGUGUGGGGAGUGUGGGAAGGGCUUCAGCUGCAGAUCCAACCUCAUCAUCCACCGACGCAUCCAUACUGGGGAGAGGCCCUACGAGUGUCCUGAGUGUCAGAAGAGGUUUCACACCAGCUCAGAUCUCCUCUGCCACCAGCGGAGUCACACAGAGGAGAGGCCAUUCCACUGCCCUGACUGCGGGAAGAGCUUUAAGCGCAACUCCCACCUCAUCAGGCACCGGCGCAUCCACACUGGGGAGAGGCCCUGCGAGUGUCCCUAG